AUGCUGGCGACGAUGGGUUACAUCACUCCUGAGAUCGCGGGGAAGCUCCCAGGGUACUUGUCCCCGUCGAUGUGCAUGAAGAUGGGCCUUAGUGCGUCGAAGUGCCCAGCGGAGAAGCUCGGUCUCAAGUUCGCCGACGUACCCAACGGGUUGGCGGCCGUCUCGAAGGUGCCUGCCCUGGGCUGGUUCCAGAUCGUCGCCUAUUUCGGAUUUGUGGAGCUGUCUGGGGGCUUCGAAGACUACAGGACAGGCACGCCUGGCGACUACGGGUGGAAGGUCCUGUCGUCGUCUGAUCCGGUGGAGCGCACCAGGAAGCUGAACAGCGAGCUCGCCAACGGCCGCUUGGCGAUGGUCGCCAUCGUGGCGAUGCUGUUCCAGAACGGCGUCGUGGGCUCCACCGGGCCCGAGAUGUGGCUGGGGAGGCAGGCGUGA